UACUUAGGCGCUGUAGGGAAUUCGAAUCGGGUUCAAGCGGCCGUGGCUGGUAACGCGUCUUCGUUUCUCUCUCACGCGAUGGAAAUGUUCAGUUUCGUACCAAAAGAGAGUUUGUUCGUCGUUAUUUAAACACCGAGAGUCGGUACAUUUUUACUACAUCCCCUCCGCUGUGUUCUGUAGUCCUGAGGCCCGUCCGCUUUAGCUGCUCUUCUACUUUCGUGGUGGAUUUUUAACGGCGUCUAAGUUGGGAGCGGAGAAAAUCCGCGUAACCCCCCAGAGGAAUCACCGAGGUUAACGAUCUACACAGAGUGCUCGCAGGCUGGUAUCGUUACAACACAUUGUCAUGACGACAUUUGGAGAGUACAUCCAGCAGAACGAGGAGCGGGAUGGCGUGCGGUUCAGCUGGAACGUGUGGCCUUCAAGCCGGCUGGAAGCCACGCGCAUGGUGGUGCCGCUUGCUUGCCUGUUCACGCCUCUGCGUGAGCGACCCGACCUGCCGCCCUUGCAGUAUGAGCCCGUGCUGUGCAGCCGUGCCACCUGCCGUGCCGUCCUCAACCCGCUCUGCCAAGUUGACUACAGAGCCAAACUUUGGGCAUGUAAUUUUUGUUACCAGAGAAACCCGUUUCCACCGACUUACGCAGGAAUUUCUGAAAUGAACAUGCCGGCUGAACUCGUCCCCCAGUUCUCUACCAUUGAUUAUGUUGUCCAGCGAGGGAUACAGAUGCCACUCAUCUUCUUGUAUGUGGUGGACACGUGUCUGGAAGAGGAUGACCUUCAGGCCCUCAAGGAGUCACUGCAAAUGUCACUCAGUCUGCUGCCACCCACUGCACUUAUUGGGCUCAUCACUUUUGGCCGCAUGGUGCAGGUUCACGAGCUGGGCUGUGAGGGCAUUGCUAAGAGUUACGUGUUCCGUGGCACCAAGGACCUCACAGCCAAACAGCUGCAGGAAAUGUUGGGGUUGACUAAGCCACCAGCAUCUGGUCAGCAACAACGUCCUGGUCCACAAGGCCAGCAGCUCCCACCAUUUAACAGGUUUCUCCAGCCCGUGCAAAAAGUCGACAUGAACUUAACGGAUCUCUUAGGAGAGCUGCAGCGUGACCCGUGGCCUGUGCCGCAGGGCAAGCGGCCCCUGCGCUCCACAGGGGUGGCCCUCUCUAUCGCUGUAGGACUCGUUGAGAUGUGCAUCCCAAAUUUUGGAAAGUCGGGUACGUUUCCCAACACGGGUGCCCGCAUCAUGCUGUUCACGGGAGGGCCGCCCACGCAGGGCCCUGGUAUGGUGGUGGGCGAGGAGCUCAAAGUCCCCAUUCGCUCAUGGCACGACAUAGAGAAAGACAAUGCCAAGUUUGUCAAGAAAGCCACCAAGCACUACGAAGCACUCGCAAGUCGCACAGCUGCCAAUGGGCACAUAGUGGACAUCUACGCGUGUGCUUUGGACCAAACUGGCCUGCUGGAGAUGAAAUGUUGUGCCAAUCUCACUGGUGGUUACAUUGUGAUGGGAGACUCCUUCAACACGUCACUGUUCAAGCAGACAUUCCAGCGAGUCUUUGGCAAGGACAACCAGGAUCAGUUCAAGAUGGCAUUUGCAAGCACAAUCGAAGCAAAGACAUCACGGGAGCUGAAGAUUUCAGGAGCAAUCGGACCAUGCAUUUCUCUCAAUGCCAAGGGUCCCAGUGUGUCUGAAAACGAAAUUGGGGUUGGCGGCACUAGCCAGUGGAAGGUGUGUGGCCUGGACCCUAAUACCACCUUGGCACUUUAUUUUGAGGUUGUCAAUCAGCACAACGCCCCGAUUCCACAGGGUGGCCGGGGGGCUGUGCAAUUUGUGACUCAGUACCAGCAUUCAGGUGGCCAGCGACGCAUCCGCGUCACCACCAUCGCCCGGAACUGGGUGGACGCUCAGACCCAGAUCCAGCACAUUGCAGCGUCAUUCGACCAGGAGGCGGCGGCCGUGUUGCUGGCGCGCCUCGCCAUGUUCCGCGCCGACACAGAGGAAGGGCCCGACGUACUGCGCUGGCUCGACCGCCAGCUGAUCCGCCUGUGCCAGAAGUUUGGAGACUAUCACAAGGACGACCCCACCUCAUUCCGCUUCUCAGAGACAUUCUCUCUUUACCCACAGUUCAUGUUCCACCUGCGCCGCUCGCCCUUCCUGCAAGUGUUCAACAACAGUCCUGAUGAGUCGUCCUAUUAUCGUCACAACUUCAUGCGCCAGGACCUCACACAGUCCCUCAUCAUGAUCCAGCCUAUCCUCUACUCCUACUCCUUCAGUGGCCCACCCGAGGUGACGUGUACUUACCGUGACUUCGACAACACAACAACUGUCCGCAUUAAGUUAUCGUGGAACAUCAUAAUUUUAUGUAUCCACGUAUCAGACCAUGUAUAAAAAUGCUCGUCACAUUUUCAGCAGUGCUUAAUAGAAGCUGUUGUAAAUUCGCUUUUGCAUAUUUGUUCAAUUGUAUCCUUCUUCUUCCUAGCGUUGUUCCCGCUGUGGCACAGGGUCCGCUUUUCGGCAUUGUCUUCUCCAUUUGGCUCGGUCCAGGGCAUCUUCAGGGGAUGCGUUGACCGUCUUCAUGUCUUCUCCUUUAUUCGAUCCAUCAUCCAUCACUUCUUCGGACGUCCGCGUGGACGGCGGCCCUCUGGCUCAAUACGCAUGGCAGUCUUGGCCACUGAUGACUCUUCACUUCGCAUCACAUGGCCGUACCUCCGAAGCCAUGCCUCAAGCAUCUUGUCCGCAAUGGGGGCCACACCUAGUCGCUUCCGAACGUCUUCGUUCAUGACACGAUCCCAUCGAGUCAGUCCAAGGCUCCAUCUGAGCGUCCUCAUCUCCAUGGUGUGGAGAGCUUGUUCGUGUACAGUUGUGGCUGGCCAGCACUCGGAUCCAUAGAGUGCCUAUCCGGCAUUUUCCGAUCACAGAGGACUCCGGUGACUUGCCUCCACUUCAUCCAUGCCGCAUUGACUCGUGACCUCACAUCAGUCGUGAUGCUUCCAUCUGAGCUGAUGGUCACUUUCUUCAGAUCUUCUCCGUCAAUGCUGAUGGUGCCGUCGGUUUUGGGGCCACACUCCAUAUACUCCGUCUUUAUGAUGUUGAACCUCAUCCCGUUUUCGUCCAAAUGUUCCUUCCACAGGCGCGUUUGUCUUUCCAAAUCUCCUCUCUCUUCAUCUGAGAGUAGGACGUCAUCCGCAUAGAGAAUUGACCAGUGCAGGGGCGUGUGCAGGUCAGCAGUGAUCCUGUCCAUGCACAGGAUAAACAGGAGUGGUGACAGGGCCGAUCCUUGGUGCACUCCAACGCUGAUGGGAAAUGGCGGUGAUAUGCUCACUGCGCACCUGACUGCACUGGUGACGUUCUUGUAUAGGAGUUGCACCCAAUGCACGUAGGUUUCAGGAACUCCAUGGGAUCGAAGCGAGUGCCAGAUGAGGUCGUGGAGGACCCUGUCAAAUGCCUUUUCAAGGUCUAGGAACGACACGUGCACAGCUUUGUUCUUCUAUCUGUGCCUCUCCAGCAGGAGCCUCGCCGCGAAUAUGGCGUCCGUAGUGCCACAUCCUAUGACGAAGCCGCAUUGGUUGGGUGAUAGGGUGAUGAUGUUUCUAAUCCUCGUGUCCAAAACUCGCUCAAAGAUCUUCAUCGCAUGACACAGGAGCCGGAUUGGCCUGUAAUUCGAGCAUUCUGCCACGUCCCCUUUACCCUUCCAAAUUGGAACCGUCGUGCUGGUCGACCAGGCUUUUGGGACCUCACCGGUGCUCGUGAUGGUGCUGAAGAGCUGGGUAAGGAGGGCAGCACCCUGCCUGCCAAGGAUCUUCAGGCCUCAGCAGGGAUAUCGUCCGGGCCAGUCGCUUUCCCAUUCUUCAUUCUCUUGAUAGCUUGUUCCACUUCGAUAAUGGUGAUAGGCAAAACGGGACCGAGGACGUGUUCAGCGCUAAUAUUCGGUGGGUGGGGAAAUUCCUGGUUGCAGAUUCCAGAGAAGUAGUCGCUCCAGCGUUGAAGGAUGGCGGAUGGGUCUCUGAGAGCGCUGUGAUUCUCAUCCUUUAUGCAUUUAACCUGACCAAUAUCCUGAGUCGAACGAUGGCGCGCCUCUGCCAGUCGAUAGAUCUUAUUGGCACCUUCUGGGGUGUCCAGUUCGACAUACAGUUGGUCGUAUUGAGCUAAUUUCACCGCUGCUACUACUCGCUUCGCUGCCGAUUUGCAGUUUCUGUAGUGUUGGUAAUCCAGAUCUGCGAGCGUUUGGCGCCACUUCUUGAAAGCUAGCUUCUUCUCUUUCACUGCUAGCUGCACUUCUUCGUUCCACCACCAUAUUUGCUUGUCAAUGAAGCGUUUUCCCGGCUUAGUUAGCCCCAUUGCUUCCGUUGCUGCUGUGCACAGUUCGCUGGCGAGAUCUUCCCAAAUCGCAUUCGCUGGUCGGUUGGUGUUCACGUCAAUCUAAUUGAGGGCGACUCUCAGCUGAUCCUUGCAUUCCUUCAUCCGACACCACUUAAUUCGCUGCUGUCCCGUUGUUGGUGGGCGAUGUCGCUGGCCAAUGUCCAUUUUCAUGUCCAUGACCAGGAUGCGAUGUUGUGGGGCGAUGUUGUCCGAUGGUAUGACUUUAGUGUUUGUCACCGUUUUCAGCUUAUCCCGCUUGACAAGCCAGUAAUCAAUUUGAGUUGAUCUCCCACCACUGGCGUACGUAAUGAGAUGGGACGGUCUCUUCUUGAAGAAGGUGUUGGCGAGGACAAGAUCAUGGGCUUCCGCAAAGUCCAAGGCUCGGUUUCCCUCAUCGUUCCGGGUACCGAAUCCUUGGCCACCAUGGUUUCGAGGGUAUCCAUCCCGGGCGUUUCCAACGUGUCCAUUUAGGUCUCCACCAAUUACUAACUGCUCUUCUCCGUUUAUCGAUUGCAUGUGUCCAUCAAAUUGUUCCCAAAAUUCCUCCUUGGUAUCUGCUGGGCAGCCAGACUGCGGCGCAUAACAAGAUACCACCCGGAGGCCUUGGUCGUUUGAGUUGAUUUCGAUGGACAUGAGGCGAUCGGAAACACGGUGGACGGCCACGACGUUGUCUCGUAGAUUUUGGCUGACUGCGAUUCCAACGCCGUUCUUGGUGUUUCUUUCACCGUUGUAGAACAUCUUCUUAAUUCGUUGUAGAACAGUUUGUAUCCUUCUCCAAUCUCCCUGGCCUUUGCUCCACUCCACUUCGUUUCUUGGAUGCAUACGAUGUCGAUACGACGGGCCUUUAGGGCAGCUGACAAUUCUCGACUUCUCCCUGUCAAUGUUCCGAUGUUGAGUGUUCCCAGUCGUAGUCGGACUAACUUUUUUAGCCUGCCCCGUCCAUGAGUAGAUAGCCCUCGUCCACUU